AUGUCUCGUUUGGAGAGAGACAUGGCCACAGCAGCCCCGGAGAGGUUGCCCAAGGUUCCCGUGCCCCCGCUGAAGCAAACGCUGGACACCUACCUGAAGUGCGUGCGGCAUCUGGUGAAGGAUGAGCAGUUUCAAAAAACCAAAGCCAUCGUGGAGAAAUUCGGAGCGCCCGGUGGAAUUGGUGAAGCUCUGCAGAAGAAGCUCCUGGAAAGGAGGGAGAAGACAGAAAACUGGGUAUACGACUACUGGCUGGAGGACAUGUACCUGAGCAACAGGUUGGCUUUGCCGGUCAACUCCAGCCCCGCCAUGGUUUUUCCCAAACAGCCGUUUAAAGAUGGAAAUGACGCGCUGAGCUACGCCGCACGUCUCAUUCGAGGCGUGUUGGAGUACAAGGCCCUCAUCGACGCGCGAGCGCUCCCUGUGGAGUUCGCCCGAGGCCAGCUGGCUGGGACCCCUCUGUGCAUGGAGCAAUACUCCCGCUUGUUUACCUCGUACCGCUACCCGGGCCCGAAGAGCGACGCGCUCAAGGUCCGGGUGAAUCCAGGCGCUGCGGCAUCGGAGCACAUUAUUGUGGCGUGCAAGAACCAGUUUUUCGCAUUGGAUGUAGUGACCGAGAGCAAGCCGCUUAGUGAGACGGAGAUCUUCUCCCAACUGGAGAAAAUUGUGUUGAUGGCAGGAAACGCGGAAGAGCGAUGUCCCCCUUUCGGUAUCCUGACAUCGGACGACCGAACAGAAUGGGCACGAGCCCGAGACGUUCUCGUUAAAGAAAAAAUCAACAUGGACUCUCUGGUCCUGAUAGAGACUUGCCUGUGUGUGGUGUGCUUGGAUGAGCCCAGUGGGACAAAGGCCACUGAUAGCAACCGGGCCCUGCAGAUGCUCCACGGCGGUGGGUGGGAGAAGAACGGCGCAAAUCGCUGGUAUGACAAGUCCAUGCAGUUUGUUGUAGGAAUGGACGGGAUAUGCGGAGUGGUGUGCGAACAUUCCGCCUUUGAAGGUGUCGUUCUGGUGCAAUGUUCAGAACAUUUGACUAAACACAUAGCCAGAACCACAUUAGAGCCCGCCAAGCCGGCCAGUUGUCGAAAGCUUCCGGCUCCAAGGAGACUCGUGUGGAAAUGUAGCCCCCAAGUCCAAGGACUCCUCGUGGCCUCCAAAGAGCGACUGCAGAGGCUGGUGAAUAAUCUGGACAUGGACGUUUUCACCUUCAAAGAUUACGGAAAGGAAUUUAUCAAGAAGCAAAAAAUGAGUCCAGAUGCAUUUGUACAAGUGGCCCUACAGCUUGCAUUUUUCAAGUGCAAUGGAAAGCUGGUAUCCACAUAUGAGAGCGCCUCCAUCAGGCGUUUCCGGGACGGGCGGGUGGAUAACAUUCGCUCCGCCACUGUCGAAGCUUUGGCUUUUGUCAAAUGCAUGACGGACGAAAGGACAACUUACACUGAAAGUGAAAAAAUGAAACGACUGAGAGAUUCAAUAAACGCCCAGACGGAUUAUACGAUUGCGGCUAUAACAGGAAUGGCAAUAGACAAUCAUCUACUGGGACUGCUGAAGAGCGCCAAGGAACUCAACAUGGAGCGUCCGGAGAUCUUUUGCGAUGAAACGUAUCUGGCGAGUAACCAAUUCAUCCUGUCCACCAGUCAGGUCCCGACCACGGUAGAAAUGUUCUGCUGCUACGGCCCGGUGGUGCCCAACGGCUACGGUGCCUGCUACAACCCGCAGCCGGACCACAUAGUCUUCUGCGUGUCCAGUUUCUGGGAGAGCACGCAGACGAGCUCGGCCGUUUUUGUCAAAGCACUGAACGAGGGGCUGCUGGAAAUCAGGGACCUGUGCGACGCUGCGGCCAAGAUGGCGGAUGGACGCCAGGGUGGAAGCAAGCCUCACAGAUCAGGGACAUAACUUUUCUGGAUAGGUCUUGGUUGUCUUUGCAAUAAUCAAUAUCACCACAAAAUGCAAGAUCAGAACAUCAUGUAACAUGUGAUGAUUAUUUUUUUUUGACUGCUUGACUCGAACCAGUCGGCGACCUUAAGGAAACCCGAGCCAUGUUCUCCUGUCAGACUGACUUGAGUUACUCCGAUGUAUUGUAAAGAUACAGUAUUAGCGUAGCGGUGGCCAUCUCUGCCUUUUCAAGGACAUGGCAAACUAUUUCAUUGAACAUGUGCCGUUAUGGUGUUUGUCUAUUUUGCUGGAAUUCAGUUCUGUGUUAAUGUGAUGCCGCUGAUAGUAAAGUUGCCAAAGAGGCUACGUGCAAAUGUAGCCGCAUGUGUUCCUAUAAAUGUAACAGAUGGAAUGGGAGGAGCCUUGAGCUGUGAAUAUAGCAAUAAUACUUUAAAGUGAGACAAACUGUAUGAGAUGAAUGAGGCAAAUCACUGUGUUGAUGUGUACAGCAAAUAAGAUAUUUUUGUAGAGGUAGCUGUUGUUACGUUGGCUCAAUGUGCAAUAAUAUAAUCGUGCAGUGCAAUAUUUAUUCAACGAGAGGUCACGUGCAAUUUUUGGAUAGAUGAGAGUAAUAAUUACAAUCGUGACAGGUAGUUUGUAUUUGAUUGAAUUGUUAACUUGUUCAACUGUCACCAUACACGUAACAGUGUUGUCAUGUAAAAUGAUUCUGUCGAUUUUUUUUUCGAUUCACGUACCAAACAAAAGCAUGCUUUAUUCCUAUAUAUAGAGGAGUCUAUAGGAGAAAUAUAUUCUAAAAGUAUGCAGGAGAAAAAAAAUGCCUUAAGGAACAUACUGUAUGUCACAGUUACAUGUGUUGAUUUACUGGAAGUGAUAAGAAACUAUAUUUGUGUUGGUGUGUGUGUGUGUGUGUGUAUAUAUAUAUAUAUAUAUAUAUAUAUAUAUAUAUAUAUACGUAUAUAUAUAUAAUUAUUAUAGAUAAUAAUCCAUAAAUGAGUCAGUGAUGAAUGUGCAG